AUGACCACAAUCCACCACUCGCCACCACCGGGUGCGACUCCCUUCGCGAUCUACGAGGACCCAGAGGACCAAGAGCCGCCUUCGCCGUCCGAAGAAGGCGAUGUAGACGUUUCCUUCACGUCUGACAUGUCAAUGUCUGGGGCCGAUGUAGCCAUACCUAGCAUUGAAACCGAGCGCGACCUGCACGAUGAACCAGAGCCAUACAAUGGCUCGUACACGUCCCGCUCGUCAAUACUCUCGUCGUCCCGUCGCGACUCGACUAUGACCGACAACAGCUUCGUCUCGUCGCUCCCAUCCGAAAUAUCGGUAGCCUCCAAACCAGUACCGCCAGCCGAUGCCCUCGAAUCACGAUAUUCGCCUCGCAAAGAACGUCCACCGUUUCGCAACCCAUCAUCGGUACGGGCCAUGCAAAUGGCGUCUCCAGUGCCUUCACUUGCACUAGAAGCGCCUCGAGAGCGCACGAAAGGGAGCUACAAGCUUGCGACGCCUAGUAGAAGUGGUAGAUCGGACUCUGUGUCGACUACAGGUACGCGCCGAUCACGGUCGCACAGGGACAGCAUGCAUAGGGAAAACCAGGCCCAGAGGCCUAGUGCAACGCCGCAGCCGUUGCCGCUAGUGCUGCUGCACGUCACAAUACUGCCGAUGCAGAUGCCCUACACGCCUGAGAUCAUGAUUAAGAUCAUGCCGGAAUGGCUUGUGGAGAACUACAAGGUUCUAGAAGAGAAGCUUCAAGAUAUUGUGCUGAUGCGUCGAGGCCUUCUGAUUCAGCAUCCGCGAGAUGAGUACGAUGUACUAGAGGAACGGAUAUUGGAAAGCUUGGAGCUGAAAACGCCGCGACUGCUCAAAUGCGGACACUUCGUUGCGCCUGACUCGGACGACGAAGAGUCUGAUGAGUUUGAUGACGAGCGCAGAAAUGCAGCAGACGAUGGUACGGGGCGAGGCAGUCGCAUGAGCGGAGGCACAGUCACCGCUGAAGAGGAUCCCGAGUAUAGGUACCCCACACCCAACUCUGACGACGCAGGUGUGUGCCUGGACUGCCAUCGACAAGUAAAGAAGCCUGGUCACGGUGUUGGUGCAGGUACAAAGAGAUGGGACAUCAAAAUCUACGCAGCAAAUGGCCUGAUGCGCGCUGGCGCUUGGAUAGCGGCUUGGAGCGAGAUGGAGAGAUGCGACGUAGAAAUUUCGCCUUGGAUCCCGCAUGAAGUCAGGAAGACUCUAGACAAGCGGCUUCAACAAGAAGAAGAAGCAGUAAGGGACAAGGCACUCUAUGCGGCCGAACUACAGCGUCAGAUGGAGGCAGAGGCCACCUUGCAGAGAAAGCUAGAAGAGGAGGCGGAAGCGAAGCAAAGAGCAGAAGAGACUGAGCUACAGAUCAAGAUCGAGGCAGAAACAGUUAUCCUCCAGAAGAAGCUGAAUGAAGAGGCCGCUGGAAAGAGAAAGCUCGAAGAGACGCUCACUGAAAGAAUUGAAGAAGCAAAAGAAGCCAUCCGACUUGAAUUUGAGGCUCGAGCACUUAUGGAGGCGAACGGCGUUGCUGACCGAUUUCGUGCCAUGGAAGAUGCGCUGAAGGCAGCGCGCGAUAAAGCUGCAGCGCAAGCACCCAAUGUGGUUCAAGUGCCCCACAUUCCGUCUCGCUCACGUAGUCGAACUCGACAUCGAACUCGCUCACGGUCUCGCAGACCACGCGUUGAAGAGAUUCCGCUUGGUACAUUACUGAAGAAUUACUUUGUUUUACAGCUUCAGGACUCGCGAAACUUCUUCAUUCUGAUACUGGGAGCUCUCGUUGUCUUUCUGCUGACUAACUCGAACCCUAACUGGAACUUACAUCCACCCACACUAGAUGUCAGAGCCGCAGUUCCGUUGGAUGAUGUCGCUGAGCCAAUAGUCCCGGCCGUAGUCACUUCUACAGCUACGAUGACUGCGACCUCCUUCUCUACGCUAGUAGUCAUCGAGGUGCAGACAUCAGAGGGUCCCCAAGAAACUUUGUCGCCGGCAUCAUCCGGUACGACAGUGCUUGAAGAGGCGGAGCCCAGUACCUCGCAACCUUCAAUGGAGGAACCGAACAUAGUAACGAUUUUACCGGCCGAGACUGAGCAUGGUGACGAGAGGGCGGACUCCGUAAAAGAGAUCUUGGAAGAGCCAGCUGAACAAGCCAUCAGUGAGGAAGACGAUGUGACGACCAGGGAUCAAGCCAUCCCUGUCGGGAAUGCCUCAGGAUACGUAGCAUCGUCAGAACCACCUAUGUCAACUGCUGAAGCACCCUCUGGCGAGUCCUUCGCGCCAUCACAACAUGUGUUGUCUUCAUAUACAGUUGAGGAGCCCGAUGUUGAGGAGCCCAUUCCUGGAGAGCCCGCCACUUCGCAGGCCAUUAUUGAGGAUCUCAUUGCUGAGGAACCUACAGUUGAACCAUUUGAGAUUGAACAAGCCGAUGCAUCACUUGGUUCUGCCUUGCCUGAAGCCGAGAGCCUUGACAACGAAGACUUUGCAGAGGCCCCUGCACAGCAUGAAGAUCAACCAGAAACCGAAGCUGUACCACAAGUCGACGAGGCUCCGAAUCUUUCCGGAGAAGACGCCUCGGCAGCUGCGCAUGAGAUUGACGAACUAUGA